UUUUAGUGGUUCAAACAACCCGCGGUGUGAAAGCAUAUAAAAGCCGGCGAGCGGCCAUGAUUAAACAGAUGCACUUAAAGCAGAGUUCUGUAGAGCAACUAAGAAUAUCUACUCAAAGAAAAUGAAACUCAUCACCAUUGCCACCUUUGUCGCCGUGCUGGCGUUCGCUUGCGCUGAGGUCUCAGAGUUGGGAUACGGCUACAACCAACCCGCUGCCAGCGCUCCUGUCAACUCCUAUAUUCCACCAGCCGCCAAUGCUCCCGAGCCAGCUUUCGCCCCAGCACCAGUUUACCAACCGGCUCCCGCUGCAUCUGCGCCCUCUUCUUCGUACCUCGCACCAAAGCCGGCUGCUUCCGAAGUCUAUGAACAGCCUGCUCAGGAUGGUUAUAGAUACCGGACAGUCCGUCGUCGUGUCUAUAAACAACGCCGUUACUAAUAUGGGAACUUAACUGAUAUGGUGCCAGUUUGAAUUCUUUUUUGACAUAAUUAAAAUAAAUGAAGUCGGCAAAUUGAAAAAAAAAAUAUUUUAUAUUUUAAGGCAGCUCCUAGCUUAAAUAAAACACUAUUUUCGGGAAAAAAAUAUAUACUAGUAACAAACCC